AUGGUCACUCAGGCGCUGUGCUGGAAUCAGGCGAGCUCUGACUUUCGCACGGAGCCGGCACUUCACGUCCCUGGCCUCUACGAACUGGAUGAGGACCCAAAACGCAAGGAGUUCCUGGAUGACCUCUUUGGUUUCAUGCAGAAGAGAGGGACACCAGUGAACCGCAUCCCCAUCAUGGCCAAGCAAGUGCUGGACCUGUACACCCUGUACCGGCUGGUGACAGACAAGGGUGGCCUGGUCGAAGUCAUCAACAAGAAGAUCUGGCGGGAGAUCACCAAGGGCCUCAACCUACCUACCUCCAUCACCAGCGCUGCCUUCACCCUCCGCACACAAUACAUGAAGUACCUGUAUCCCUACGAAUGUGAGAAGCGGGCACUCAGCUCUCCCGGGGAGCUCCAAGCUGCCAUUGACAGCAACCGCCGGGAGGGACGGAGGCAGACCUUCGGCACAGCACUCUUCAACUACUCGCCAGCCAGCACCCAAACCCUGCUGGGCGCGCCCAAAAUGCCUCUACCAGCUCUCAGCAUCUCCACACACACCUGUGGCCAGCUCAGCCAAGUGCAUGGUGUUAAGAAAGAGGACGGCAUGCUGACGGCAGCAGUGCCGGGGCGCAUCGCUAUCCCCGUGGGACUGGCUGGUCACCACCUCACAGCAGCUCAAGCAGCAGCUGCCUCGCAGGCAGUGGUGCUGGAGCAGCUCCGGGAGAAGCUGGAGACGGGGGAGCCCCCGGAGAAGAAGGUGGCCCUGACAGCAGAGGAGCAGCAGCGGCUGGUGCAACACGCACUGCAGCACAACCUCCUGGCUGUGGCCUCCCAGUUCCCUAUGAACGUCAAGAUCUCCAACCGAGAUGACAGACAGGAGACCGCAUUGAACCUGUCCACCAACGGCAUUAGCAGUAUCAACAUGUCAAUAGAAAUAAAUGGAGUUGUCUACACAGGUGUCCUGUUCGCCCGCCGGCCCUCAGCUGCCCCGGCACCUGGUGGAGGGAGCACCCAGACCCGUCCGAACCCCAUGCCUGCCCCAAACCCCCUGCUCCCACCCUCCUCUCACAGCCACACUCCCACCAGCGCCUCACCGUAAGGCAGAGGCCUGAGA